AUGACAAACGACAAUGAUUUGGGUGCCGUGUCGUGGCAGCCUGCGUCCGAGCAUGUGACCAUACAGUCCACUGACGACAAUGAUUUGGGUGCCGUGUCGUGGCAGCCUGCGUCCGAGCAUGUGACCAUACAGUCCACGGACGACAAUGAUUUGGGUGCCGUGUCGUGGCAGCCUGCGUCCGAGCAUGUGACCACACAGUCCACUGACGACAAUGAUUUGGGUGCCGUGUCGUGGCAGCCUGCGUCCGAGCAUGUGACCAUACAGUCCACUGACGACAAUGAUUUGGGUGCCGUGUCGUGGCAGCCUGCGUCCGAGCAUGUGACCAUACAGUCCACUGACGACAAUGAUUUGGGUGCCGUGUCGUGGCAGCCUUCGUCCGAGCAUGUGACCAUACAGUCCACUGACAACAAUGAUUUGGGUGCCGCGUCGUGGCAGCCUGCGUCCGAGCAUGUGUCCACUGACAACAAUGAUUUGGGUGCCGCGUCGUGGCAGCCUGCGUCUGAGCAUGUGACCAUACAGUCCACUGACGACAAUGAUUUGGGUGCCGUGUCGUGGCAGCCUGCGUCCGAGCAUGUGACCAUACAGUCCACUGACGACAAUGAUUUGGGUGCCGUGUCGUGGCAGCCUGCGUCCGAGCAUGUGACCAUACAGUCCACUGACGACAAUGAUUUGGGUGCCGUGUCGUGGCAGCCUGCGUCCGAGCAUGUGACCAUACAGUCCACAGACGACAAUGAUUUGGGUGCCGUUUUGUGGCAGCCUGCGUCCGAGCAUGUGACCAUACAGUCCACUGACAACAAUGAUUUGGGUGCCGCGUCGUGGCAGCCUGCGUCUGAGCAUGUGACCAUACAGUCCACUGACGACAAUGAUUUGGGUGCCGUGUCGUGGCAGCCUGCGUCCGAGCAUGUGACCAUACAGUCCACUGACGACAAUGAUUUGGGUGCCGUGUCGUGGCAGCCUGCGUCCGAGCAUGUGACCAUACAGUCCACUGACGACAAUGAUUUGGGUGCCGUGUCGUGGCAGCCUGCGUCCGAGCAUGUGACCAUACAGUCCACUGACGACAAUGAUUUGGGUGCCGUGUCGUGGCAGCCUGCGUCCGAGCAUGUGACCAUACAGUCCACUGACGACAAUGAUUUGGGUGCCGUGUCGUGGCAGCCUGCGUGUGAGCAUGUGACCAUACAGUCCACUGACGACAAUGAUUUGGGCGCCGUGUCGUGGCAGCCUGCGUCCGAGCAUGUGACCAUACAGUCCACUGACGACAAUGAUUUGGGUGCCGUGUCGUGGCAGCCUGCGUCCGAGCAUGUGACCAUACAGUCCACUGACGACAAUGAUUUGGGUGCCGUGUCGUGGCAGCCUGCGUCUGAGCAUGUGAGCAUACAGUCCACUGACGACACAGAUUUCUGCGCCGUGUUGAGGCAGCCUGCGUCUGAGCAUGUGACCAUACAGUCCACUGGCGACAAUGAUUUGGGUGCCGUGUCGUGGCAGCCUGCGUCCGAGCAUGUGACCAUACAGUCCACUGACGACAAUGAUUUGGGUGUCGUGUCGUGGCAGCCUGCGUCCGAGCAUGUGACCGCGCAGCGCACUGACGACACUGACUUGGGUGCCGCGUCGUGGCAGCCUGCGUCUGAGCAUGUGACCACACAGUCCACUGACGACAAUGAUUUGGGUGCCGUGUCGUGGCAGCCUGCGUCCGAGCAUGUGACCAUACAGUCCACUGACGACAAUGAUUUGGGUGCCGUGUCGUGGCAGCCUGCGUCCGAGCAUGUGACCAUACAGUCCACUGACGACAAUGAUUUGGGUGCCGUGUCGUGGCAGCCUGCGUCCGAGCAUGUGACCAUACAGUCCACUGACAACAAUGAUUUGGGUGCCGCGUCGUGGCAGCCUGCGUCCGAGCAUGUGUCCACUGACAACAAUGAUUUGGGUGCCGCGUCGUGGCAGCCUGCGUCUGAGCAUGUGACCAUACAGUCCACUGACGACAAUGAUUUGGGUGCCGUGUCGUGGCAGCCUGCGUCCGAGCAUGUGACCAUACAGUCCACUGACGACAAUGAUUUGGGUGCCGUGUCGUGGCAGCCUGCGUCCGAGCAUGUGACCAUACAGUCCACUGACGACAAUGAUUUGGGUGCCGUGUCGUGGCAGCCUGCGUCCGAGCAUGUGACCAUACAGUCCACUGACGACAAUGAUUUGGGUGCCGUGUCGUGGCAGCCUGCGUCCGAGCAUGUGACCAUACAGUCCACUGACGACAAUGAUUUGGGUGCCGUGUCGUGGCAGCCUGCGUCCGAGCAUGUGACCAUACAGUCCACAGACGACAAUGAUUUGGGUGCCGUGUUGUGGCAGCCUGCGUCCGAGCAUGUGACCAUACAGUCCACUGACAACAAUGAUUUGGGUGCCGCGUCGUGGCAGCCUGCGUCUGAGCAUGUGACCAUACAGUCCACUGACGACAAUGAUUUGGGUGCCGUGUCGUGGCAGCCUGCGUCCGAGCAUGUGACCAUACAGUCCACUGACGACAAUGAUUUGGGUGCCGUGUCGUGGCAGCCUGCGUCCGAGCAUGUGACCAUACAGUCCACUGACGACAAUGAUUUGGGUGCCGUGUCGUGGCAGCCUGCGUCCGAGCAUGUGACCAUACAGUCCACUGACGACAAUGAUUUGGGUGCCGUGUCGUGGCAGCCUGCGUCUGAGCAUGUGACCAUACAGUCCACUGACGACAAUGAUUUGGGCGCCGUGUCGUGGCAGCCUGCGUCCGAGCAUGUGACCAUACAGUCCACUGACGACAAUGAUUUGGGUGCCGUGUCGUGGCAGCCUGCGUCCCAGCAUGUGACCAUACAGUCCACUGACGACAAUGAUUUGGGUGCCGUGUCGUGGCAGCCUGCGUCUGAGCAUGUGAGCAUACAGUCCACUGACGACACAGAUUUCUGCGCCGUGUUGAGGCAGCCUGCGUCUGAGCAUGUGACCAUACAGUCCACUGACGACAAUGAUUUGGGUGCCGUGUCGUGGCAGCCUGCGUCCGAGCAUGUGACCAUACAUUCCACUGACGACAAUGAUUUGGGUGCCGUGUCGUGGCAGCCUGCGUCCGAGCAUGUGACCGCGCAGCGCACUGACGACACUGACUUGGGUGCCGCGUCGUGGCAGCCUGCGUCUGAGCAUGUGACCAUACAGUCCACUGACGACAAUGAUUGGGGUGCCGUGUCGUGGCAGCCUGCGUCCGAGCAUGUGACCGCGCAGCGCACUGACGACACUGACUUGGGUGCCGCGUCGCGGCAGCCUGCGUCUAAGCAUGUGACCGCGCAGCGCACUGACGACACUGACUUGGGUGCCGCGUCGUGGCAGCCUGCGUCUGAGCAUGUGACCGCGCAGCGCACUGACGACACUGACUUGGGUGCCGCGUCGUGGCAGCCUGCGUCUGAGCAUGUGACCGCGCAGCGCACUGACGACACUGACUUGGGUGCCGCGUCGUGGCAGCCUGCGUCUGAGGAUGUGACCAUACAGUCCACUGACGACAAUGAUUGGGGUGCCGUGUCGUGGCAGCCUGCGUCCGAGCAUGUGACCGCGCAGCGCACUGACGACACUGACUUGGGUGCCGCGUCGUGGCAGCCUGCGUCUGAGCAUGUGACCAUACAGUCCACUGACGACAAUGAUUGGGGUGCCGUGUCGUGGCAGCCUGCGUCCGAGCAUGUGACCGCGCAGCGCACUGACGACACUGACUUGGGUGCCGCGUCGUGGCAGCCUGCGUCUGAGGAUGUGUCCAUACAGUCCACUGACGACACAGAUUUGGGUGCCGCGUCCUGGCAGCCUGCGUCUGGGCAUGUGACCAUACACUCUACUGACGACACAGAUUUGGGUGCCGCGUCCUGGCAGCCUGCGUCUGGGCAUGUGACCAUACAGUCCACUGACGACACAGAUUUCUGCGCCGUGUUGUCGCAGCCUGCGUCUGAGCAUGUGGUAAACCAUACAGUCCACUGA